GCCAUCUUGAAGGGGUUUCCAAUAGACAUUCGACUACUUUUUAAAACAAAUCUGCGCAGUUUGCGUCAGAAGAAGAUUAUGGCAGAUGAAGUAGACCGUGACAGAAUUCGCAGACAUCGGGUGGCACUAACCAAAAACAUGGUGGAGCCAAAGGAAGUGUUGGUGUACCUGAACCAAUGGGGGGUGUUCACUAAUACCAUGAAAGAGAGUACGGAGGAACUGGGAAGUAAAAGGGAAAUGGUGAACAAGAUACUUGAUGAUACCCCCAAGAGAGGGAAGCACGCCGUCCGCAUGUUGUAUGAUGCUUUGUUGAUGACAGAGCAAACAGAACUGGCAGACUUAAUGUACCCAGAACUGAAAGAGGACCGGCUAGCUGGAAAGCUCAAUGUCACGGGACAGAAGUCUGAGGUGGUACAGUCACAGUCUGCAGCCAGCGCUUUCCGAAGACAGAUGUCCAAUCCUCCAGAAGAGGGCGACUCUGAGGAAGAGGAGCUUCCACCUGAUUUUCCCACUGAGGAGACGGUGAAACCAGAUAUAUACAAGGAUCUUAAAGAGGUCACAAGUAGAAGGAUAAAGAACUUUGCAACAAAACCUAACAAGGCCUACACAAACACCUCCUAUCCUCGAGGAAUAGCACUGAUAAUUAACAACGUGAAAUUUAGUGAUACCAAGCUGUCUCAGAGGACAGGAUCAGAUCUAGAUGCACAAAAACUUGAAAAGUUGUUUCAUAAACUUGACUACAACGUUCAGACCAAGACAAACCUGUCUGCAGCAGCUAUCAAAAGCACUCUUCAAGAAGUUGCAUCCAGACAAGAACACAGAUCACAUCAUUCCUUCAUCUUGGUAAUACUUAGCCACGGAGCCAAAGGGAAGAUUUAUGGGGAGGAUGGGAAUCAUGUUGAAAUUGAAGAGAUUCUCAAACAAUUUAAUGGUAUUAACUGUCCACUGCUGAUAGACAAGCCAAAGCUGUUUUUUAUUCAGGCUUGUCAGGGAGAAAAAACAGAUGGACCAGGAACGCAGACAAAAAAAGAGAACCCGGAUGGUGAACGUGAUGCAAUAGAAGAAAUAACAAUGCAGCUGGAAAACUCUCGGAUCCAGGAAAGACCAGAUGCUGUUAAUGCCUCGGUGCCCACUAUGGCAGACAUAUUACUUGCCAUGGCAACUACUGCAGAUUAUGUAUCUUGGAGAAAUGAUUGCAAAGGGACAUGGUUUAUACAGGCGUUAGCCUAUGUGAUAAGCAAGUAUGGCCACAGGGACAGCAUUGCAAGUCUCAUGACCAAAGUAAACAAUCUAGUGGCCAAAGCAAAAACCAAUCAAGGUCAAUUCAAGCAAGUUUCAGAAUGCCGAUCAUCGCUGAGAAAGGACUUCUACUUCUUUCCUGGACUCAGAAAUCCUCAACAUGCUUUCGGUGGGGGGAACCCUGUCAAUCAUCAGACCCAAGGUCAAGGUCAAGAGCAUGCGACCCAAGGUCAGGGUCAUUUCCAAAGUCAAGGUCAUGUGACAGCUGGGGUCAAUAUGGCAACUGGAGAGGGCAGCACUGUAGGGAGUAGGUAUAUACUGACGGCACUGCAACCUGGAGGGGAUCCGACAAAUGUUCAAAGUCAGACUGUCCCAGAUGAAAGGUCAAAGUUCAACAACCAAGCCGGUACUGAUGGUUACUAUGGAGGAGAACAGUAUGGUCCUUCAUAUGGCCCUCAAGGAUAUGGCACCAAUCAGCAUGGAUCCUUCCACAACUCCCAGCCAUAUGGACCCUUGUACCCUGCACAGCAGCAAGGCCCCCAAUUCAUUUCCCAACAAUUUGGACCCCAUUUUGGGUCCCAGCAGUACGGCCCUCAUGUUCAACCCCCAAGAUAUGGCUACAGUUACAGUACCCCCCAGUAUGGGACCCAUUUUGAUGCCCCAAAAUACGGAGGCGAUUAUCAACACGUGGGAUAUAUUGGGAACCCACCCUCUGGAAACCCCCCUAUUUAUUAUGAGCAGCACAGGUCUACGCCGGACCCUGGGGUUCCCCAUGUGGGACCCUCGUUAAGUGGUGGUUAUGUGCCCUCUGUGUAUGGCCCAGCAAGGACAGGGCAUGACAAUCUGGCCCAUCCAGUAGAAGAAACUGAGGCCAAAUAUGUCUUCUCUGGGUGAAUGGAUUGUAUUGUCUUAUUUUGGACUUUGGAUAAAUACAGUGUAAAUGUAAGGAAUCAAAACGGUGAUCCCCCCUCUAUUUAGGAAUAACAAAUCGUACAUACCUGUAUAUUUUAUUAUAAAGCAUUACAAUAUUUUUAUUGUAUUAUUAUUAUUAUUAUUCAGGUAUUAUC